AUGACGCGCCCUCACGCUUGGAGGCUGGAUACAUGUUAUUCAUGCUUUGCACGACAAUUACUCAAGAAACCGGCUUUCAAUGGCUCUAGGUUCUUUUCACAGCAUCCCAUCCUGCGACAGCAGCCGUCACCAUACAGCCAUGCCACCUCGAGGAAGAAGAACACCUCCACGCUAUUAUACACCGCAAGUAUUUUAAUGGGCACACUGGCACUGGCCUAUGGUUCCGUGCCGCUGUAUAAGAUGAUAUGCCAGCAAACCGGAUGGAACGGCCAACCCGUCCAAGUGCACAGCACCGGCGACGGCGACACUGCCUCGCGAUUGACGCCCGUCACAGAAUCGCGCCGCCUCCGAAUCACCUUCAACGGCUCCGUCUCCGACGUCCUUCCUUGGAAAUUCACACCACAACAGCGCGAAGUUCGUGUCCUACCCGGCGAGACUGCACUGGCGUUUUAUACAGCUACAAACAAAGGUCCGGCGGAUAUCAUCGGUGUUGCUACCUACAGCGUCACCCCGGGGCAAGUGGCACCGUACUUCAGUAAGAUCCAGUGUUUUUGCUUUGAGGAGCAGAAAUUGAACGCGGGCGAAUCUGUCGAUAUGCCGGUUUUCUUCUUCAUUGACCCGGAUUUUGCCAAGGAUCCGGCUAUGAAGAAUAUCGAUACGAUUACUCUGUCAUACACAUUCUUUAAAGCGAGAUAUGAUGACAACGGCGUUUUACGAGCCACACCUUAA